AUUUAUACCACUGAUGCUCGGUUUACAGCUCAUCUUUCAGAGUUGAUAAUGCUUAAAAUGAAGCUGCCAGUGAGAACGGCGGAGGAGGGAGACGACACAGUUGAGGGCGAGGAAGAAAAUAACGAUUGCAAUUUUCACCCUUUCAGUUCGCCUUUAAACACAGUUUCUUACAAUGGAUCUGAUGAAUCCACAAGGAGACACAAACAUAGCGUUAGUCCCCUUCGAUUGAACAAGGAGGCGGUGUUCGAGUGGUUCGGCUUACACCUCAGUCCGGCGAAACGGAUAGAGUUUAUGUGCGGUCUACUCCAUAUGUGCCAACCACUUGAACUCCGCUUUUUGGGGUCGUGCCUUGAGGACUUAGCACGAAAAGAUUUUCAUGUUCUCCGCGACUUCGAGAUACGGGCGAACAGUCAAACUGACCUAGGCCACUUGAUGGAUGUGACCGACCCCGUUGUGCUUUCGAAACUGCUCGUUUGCCUGUCUCUCCUAGGAUCUGAGAACAGAGAAUGCGCAGGAAUACUGUUCAGGACGUUAAGCCAUAUUGACUCCGUUCUACACUUGAGAAACUAUGGAGUUCCGUCCCCACAUGGAAUUCACAGGCACCACCCUGCCCAUACACCCUGUGAGAGUGGACUUGAGACCGGGCGAUCGGAACAAUCAAACCAGGUCCCAUUGGAGCCUGUAUUUCUAGAGCAGUUGGCAUUGCUGUGUACUAUGGCCUCCUUACACCCGGCAUUUCCUUUCCAUCAGAGGGAGGCUGUCAGAUUACAGCUGGAUUAUGUAGAGGCAGCACUCGAAGAACAGAGAAGCCACUGUCGUAGCAGGUCGACAGGACUGAACCAGUUCUCCAGACCGGAUUACCUCUGUCCACACACUGAGAGAAACAGAGAAUGGUCGCCAUUCCCCAAUCCAGCUCAGCACCUGAAUAUGCCACAAAAUGAAGUGGUGCACAUUGAGAGGAUCUUUUUGAAGGAGAUUUCCGUGGGAGGAGAAGGCAGACAGUAUAGUUUUGAGGUAAAGUGGUCAGACUCCUCAUCAACCGCUGUGACCAAAAGCCACCGUGAACUUGAGGAUUUUUUGUUAAAGCUUCCUAAGGAGCAGAGCACUGAGGCAGUUGAGAAGGGCUUUCUGAGGCUCCUGAGACAGGGCGAUCAGUACGACCUCAGAGAGCUGGAGAGGACGCUACGAGAGAAGUUUCUAUCUGUGCCGCAGGAUUUCCUUCAGAUGUGUCUAGUCUGUCAAUUUUUCCUCUCAGAUCCUUCCUUACUCCACUGCAACCGCUGUACCAGCGCCUCCGUGGGCAGGGGGCGGCAGCCGGCCGGCCGCUGCGUGGAGGACUGUUCUGAGACCUCCAGUCUGGAGGAAGACAUGGAGGCAUUUGGCAUCUCGUGUGCACGUAGCGUGAAAGCUGCAGGCCGUGGCACCCAGCACACAGAAAACUUGCAGAAGGAGAGCAGGAGGCUUGGCCGCGCGGAGGCAAACGGAGAGGUGGGGUGGAGUAGACAGAGCCCUUCCCCUAGACCCGGCCCUCAGCCCUGUACCGUAGACCCAGAGCAGCACUGCGGAAUGGAUGGUGGGAGGAGCCCUUCUCUUGGACAGAGGAGCAAAGGGAGGUCAGCAUGCAAGAGGGAGAGACCGAGGAGAGGAAAAGCUGUAAAAGGCUCCAUCCCUAACGGGCUUCAAAGAGCUUCUGCAGCCCAGAUGAUAAGCCAGGGAGGCUGCAAGGGAUCUGGUUGCGAUACUUACGGAGACACUUCCUCGGAGAGCUCCAACUCCAUCCCCUCCAGUCCGCACCAUCUCCAGAGGAGCCUUGAGAGCAGAGCAGCAGAGGAGGACAGAGACACAGAGAGUCAUUCUGAUAACUCCGUACAGGAGACAGGUGACAAGACACAUCUUUUCAGAGGGGUUGGUGGGAAAGCGGUCGCCAUGGUGAAUCCCAUAGUCCCUGACGUUGACUCGGCCACAGACGAGAAUGCCCUGAGAGCCUCUGCGGUAGUGCAGCUGGCUUUGACGGCCUGUUUGCCGUACGCCCUGCAAUAUAACACAGCCCAGAGCGAUGCCGUCAAGUCUGGAGAAGGCCAGCUAAGUCUGACUAUUCCCAUGGCGAGCCAAGACCACCUGUCCAGCCAAGCUGCCUCUGGAGAACCAGAGGAGCGGACCGCUCUGUUGGCGACCGCUGCCCCCCAACAGCAAGCUCCCAUGGGUGCCAUAAGUAUAAACACUCCCUGUUCCUCCUGUAACCAGUCCCCUCUGCAGCCAGCCUGUCCUAUCCCUAACCCUAACCCCACCCCUAGCGCUGAGCCAGUCCAAAACCCCAGCCUCACUCUGCCUGUCCCUUCCACCAGACCCAACACCAAACCCUCAGCCCUGCAGCCUCCAUCCAGCCUAGCUCCUCUCUCUAACCUCCCCGUGCCCACCUCCACCCCAGUCACUUACACCACCAACCAAGUGCAUUGCAUCGUUCCCACUUGCGUCCCAACCCACACGCCAGGGCCCGGGCCGAUGCCUCCCCCUGCCCUGACCCAUAGCACAGCCCAGAGUGACCCCGCCUCCUACAUCAACAGCAGCACCUGCGGCGGGGGCAGCAGCCUGCCGAUCCCAGCUCAGUCCCAGCCACAACCCCAGCCCCAGCCCCAGUCUCAAGCCCAGUCGCAGCAGAUGGGCUGCAACGCCUGCGGUUGCCGCGGCAGCUGCGGGAGUAGCCACCAGCCCCCCAAUUACUUCUUGCCUCCCCACGUGGCCCGGCAGAUGUUCGGCCCGCCGCCCACGUUCUUCCACCUCGCCCCGUCACUAUGCAACACGAGCUUCCAGGCCCAGGGUCAUCAGAGCAACGGGACUCCGCCUCUGUCCUUCUACCCCCACACUGCCACCCCCGCCGCCUUCGCCAGCGGCCCGCUGCUCCACGCCCACUCUGAUCACAUGCUGGCCACGCAGGCCAGCUACGGCCUGCCUCAAAUGCCCCCCUUCAACCGCUUCUACCCGCCCAUGUUUCCCGCGGUGGGCAUGAUGCCGGGCGGCGCGGGCCUAAAGAAAGGCGGCAACAUCUCCUGCUAUAACUGUGGGAUGAGCGGGCACAUUGCCCAGGACUGCAAACAGCCGACCAUUGACGCGGGGCAGCCAGGUGGCUUCCGGCUUAAGUACGUUGCCCCGCACUCCUCUGAAGCACUAGACAAAGCAGAUUGACCACAGAGGACCAAAGGCAAUGCUUUGUUUUCCGUGCUCUUAUGCCCUGAAGGUUUUUUUUUUUUUUGACUGUAUUAAAGAUGCCCUGAGCCCCAGUUGUUUAAAGGGUUGCAUUUUGUAUUGUUUGUAUUAGUCAUCAGUCAGAAUAGGAAAGGUUAGUUAGCGAAGGCAGCUGGAGGCAGUGACUCAUUGGCUCACAUGCCAAGGCUGGGCUAAAAAAGGGUUUCAUGACGACUUUUACGAUGAAAACCAGGUUAGGGAUUUUUACACUGAAGGCACAAGACCGAAGGGG